AUGGACAAGAUCCAAUCCCCACCUUCUACACCGUUCUUGACUGAUAGGUUUACUCGUCAGCAUACAUAUCUACGCAUUUCACUUACAGAGAAAUGCAACUUUCGAUGUCUAUACUGUAUGCCAGCUGAAGGUGUUCCUCUGACUCCAAAGGCAGAGCUCUUAACAGCCCCAGAAUUGGAGAGAUUGGCUCAACUAUUCGUAUCACAAGGGAUCAAUAAGAUUCGAUUAACAGGUGGCGAACCUACUGUCCGAAAAGACUUGCCUGAAAUUAUUGCCGCACUAGCUUCGCAAAGACAGAAUGGACUGCGUCAAAUCGGAAUGACAACAAACGGUCUUACUAUUUCAAGACAUCUGCCCAGCCUUGUCGCAAAUGGUUUGACUCAUUUGAACAUCUCACUCGAUACUCUGGAUCCAUUCAAGUUUGAAUUAAUGACUAGAACGGCUGCAAAGGGCAUAGAGAGGGUUCUGAAUGGGAUUGAUACUGCCCUGGCGCUUGGAGUGCCUAAUGUGAAAAUCAAUGUAGUAGUCAUUCGAGGACUCAAUGACGGUAAGGAUAUCCUGGAUUUCGUUGAAUGGGCUAAACAUCGUGAUGUGACUGUUCGGUUCAUUGAAUAUAUGCCUUUUGAUGGUAACAAAUGGAGACCGGAAAAGUUGGUCCCAUAUUCGCAAUUACUGGAAAGUAUUACAAACAAAUUUGGUCCAUUGGAAAAAGUUGGAGAUGAUGCAAAUGAUACCAGUAAGCACUGGAAGGUUCCUGGUCAUCAAUCUCGAUUGGGCUUCAUCACAAGUAUGACUGAUCACUUCUGCGGUACAUGCAAUCGGCUAAGGAUAACAGCAGAUGGUAAUUUGAAGGUCUGUCUCUUUGGCAAUGCUGAAGUUUCGUUGAGAGAUGCAAUGAGGGAAGGACUUCCAGGUUUUGCUGAAGGGCCUGCAGAUGAUAACCAAUUGCUGAACAUAAUUGGCGCCGCAGUCAAGCGUAAGCAUGCAAAACAUGCAGGAAUGGCAGAUCCAGUCGAAUUGGCGCAGGCCUCACGCCUUACUCAUAUCGACGCCGAACACAACGAUCGUGCGGCAAUGGUCGAUGUUUCGGAAAAGCAAGUGACGAAACGAAUCGGAACAGCAAAAUGUCGUGUCUACAUUCCCAGUCAUGUCCUGCCCUUGCUUGAGGCAACGCAAUCAACAACGGGAGAAAGUGCAAGCGUGCCUCAAUUCGGUAGCUCUGUUCGCUUGAAAGGUCCAGUUCUCCAUACCGCACAAUUGGCAGGGAUCAUGGCUGCCAAAAAGACGAGCGACUUGAUCCCACUUUGCCAUGGAUUAAACCUUUCCCAUGUUGACGUUAAACUGGAUGUGCACAAGAUGACAGAAGAAGAAAUGGAAGAAGAAGGUACAACUUUGAGCGCUUAUAUAGAAGUCACUUGUACCACCACAACCACUUCAACAACUGGCGUAGAGAUGGAAGCAUUAACAGGUGCAAGUGUAACAAGUUUGGUACUUUGGGAUAUGCUCAAGAGCGUGGCUGGAAAGGAGAUGCGUGUUGAUGGCUUGAUGGUAACGCAUAAAUCUGGCGGAAAAAGUGGAGAUUGGCAGAGGCAAGGAUGA